AUGAUACAGCUCAAGUUGUUUGUUGGUACAUUGGUAUUAUUAGUUCUUUGUGAAUAUUCCAUAUCUAUAGAAGACAAAAUGGUUAGUAUUUUUACAAAUUAUGUAAUAUUUUAUACAUUAGUACCUAAUUUUAUAAAAACCUUAAUCAACCAAUUAAUUGGAAAAGACAAUAAAAAAAAAAAGUAAUAUUUGGCUACAUUUCAAAGCUAAAAUCUUUUGUUCUUUCACUUGAUCACAUAUAAUGCAUUCAUUUUAAUUAUUUGAGUUUAUUUAUCAAUUUUUUUUCUAACUUUAGGUACCAAAUUUUAACCAUUUAUCACUGAUAUAAAAUAUUAAUUAUUACAUUCAAAUUGGAAAACUUGAAAUAAUUAAUUAUUUAUUAAGUAUUAUGAUUUUUUUUAUAAUCAUUAGGAAUUAUUAUUAUGAUCUACAUUAAAUUGUCUUUUCCCUACUAUUUGGGGUAUACAUUUUAGAAUGGUGUAUGAAUUGAAAUGAUUAUAUUAAUAACAGUCAUUGAAUAGGUAAUAAUUUUAUAUACCAAAUUUUUUGGAAAUACACAAAUAAUUUUCAAGAAAUUUGGUUUCUAAAAUGGUUAAUUCAAUCUCAGAUUCCAGUAUAAGAUAAUAGGAUAGUUCAUACUCUGUGUUGGUUACACUAUUAUAAAUAAUAUUUCAAUUUAUUUAAUUUGUCCACAGAGAAAAACUAAAAAGUUUAAUAAAAAUAAAAGUGAUGGUUUACCAGACCAUAUUCUGGAAAAAAUUUUGAUAAAAACAAUGGAAAAUGAAUUAAAAAUUAAUGAAAGACCUCCAGAAAAUAUGGAGAUGACCAAACAAAGUAAAUAUAUCUUUAAGAUUAUUGACAUUAAUUAAAGCACUUAUAUUUUAUACAAAUUAUUUAGUAUUCUAACACAAGUUAUUUUAUAACUUAUUAUAUUAUUUAUUCCAUAAGUUGUAUAUAAUUGUGGAACAUGCAAUAGCUACUCUGAGUUGUAUAAUUUACAAGUAAGUAACCAUAAAUAGAACAUUUCUUAUUUUGUAGAUACCAGAAAAUCUAAAUCCACGAUCAGUAAUAAUUAACUAUUAAUGAAAAUAUAUUAAAAAUAAUUGUGUUAUAUUGACAUUUAAAAUACUUGUACAUACAUCUUAUAUGUUUUUAACAAUCAAAAUGCAAUAAAAUAUAUAUUUUUUUUUUAAUUAAAAGGUAUGAUAAGUUCUAAUUUAAAUAAUACAGUGAGCAUCUGUUAAGUAUACAUACUUUUAAUUCAAUAUUGUGAUAUUUAUUGGUCAAACAAAAUCUAAAUAAAUAUUUUUUAGUUUCAAUAAUUAUACCGCACCACAAUAAAAAUUAAACAUAAACACUAAACAAUAUAUAACCAAAAAAACAUAACCUAAAUAUUCAUUAUAAUAUAGUAUUAAAUAAAAUCUAAAAUUCAUAAAUUAUUAAAUAAUAAUAAUUAUAGUCAAUAUUAACACUGUAGAUAGUUUGAGUAAGUAAAUUCAAUUAGAUAUCUUUCUUAGCCAACAUUUGUAUUAUUUUACUCGUAUAGUUAUAAUAAUAAUAAAAAUAUAAUUUAUUGUUUUAGACAUGCUAUUUUUUUUCAUGACUAAAUUAUUAGUAUAUUUUUAUUAUAAAUGUUAUGAAAAUAUCACAAUUUUAUAAACAAAGUCAAUAGUACAUUUAAUUUAAUUAUAAAUUUGGUUAACAUUUAACCAAACAGAUUUAAUUGAGUCUUCGGGUCUUGAAGUUAAAAUUGCUUGUGCACCUUUAGGAAAAACAUAUAUUAAAAACCCAUCUAGAAUAAUACAUCCUUCUUCACAAUGGGUUUCUACUACUGCUUGUUUUAUUUUAUCAGAUUUUAUCAUUUCUUUUGAUUGCCAAAGAGAUCUUCCUGUUGGUUCUCUUAUGGUAUAUUGUAAAUAUUCAGAGUUUGGACUAUAAACUAGACUUUUAUUAUAAUCAUUCACUAUUUGAAUACAUUCUUGUUCUGAUAUAGACUGUAGGUUUAAAAUAUUUAAAAUCUUUUUAACUUCAUUGAUGCUUAUUUUAUUUAAUGAAUAACUCCAUGCACUUGAUCCAGUUCCAGUACUUAGACAUAAUCCAGAUGAUUUUAUUUUUAUUGGUGAAUUACCAUCAAAAGUACAUUCCAAUUCAGAUGUACGCCCAGGCAUUUUAUCACCAAUAAAUACCUCAUUUAGUGCUAACAUAUCAUGUGUUGAAUGAGAAUCCGGUCUAAUUCUUACAAAAUCUUGAUACAUAUUGACAGGUGGUUCCAUUUUUUCUGAAAAAUAAAAAUAAAUAAUAUCAAUUAAACUAUGUUAUAAAAAUGUAUGUUAUGCAUUCAUACUUUCUUCACUUUUCAUCGAAACUCUAAUUCUAUGUCUAUCUAUGUAAGAAAAUUUUUGUUUUUCUAAUGUAUCAAAAGUUUUUUGUACAUUCAGGGAACAGAUAUCUGGCAAACAUAAAUAACCAAGUGAUGAACUUGGAUUAGAGUUAAUGCCAACAACUGGUGUUUGGUUGUCCCGAACAUAACUGGACAUUACUAGAAAUGUACCAUCUCCACCAAUAGCUAUAAGAACAUCUGCCCAUGAUACUGCUUCAGUAUUAAUAUCCUUGACAAAUUUGUAUAGUUAUUAUUUAAAAAUAUGAUAUUCAAUUUAAAUAGUUACCUUUAAGUUUAUAACUUUUGAUUCCACAUCCAAUCGUUUUAUAGCAGCUGUCACUUCUUUUACAAUGUUAUAGUGUUCAUUGUGUGUAUCCAAAAUAGUCUUUAAGUUAGCACCCUGGUCACUUAAUUGAUUUAACAAUUUUUUUUCAGAGACAUUAGGGUUUUCGAGUCUUUCACGUUCUACUCUUGUGUACUUAGAUACCAAUAAAACUUUUUUGCCUUUCCAUAGUUGCAUAUACCUGCGUCCAAUACUCAUUUGUUUAAAUGUCUUUUUAAUAAUCAUUAGAUCCUUGUCAAAAAAAACACUGUAGCGCUGGACGUGAAUGUAAGGUGAAUGAAAUUGGCGUGGCGGAAUGUGUUUGUGUUUCAGAGUGUCCUAUUGAAACAGAUGACAGAAGAAAGGUGAAAUUAAUACAAAUAUAUUUUGUGUAUUAUUUUUAAUAGUUCAAAAAUCUUUAUAGGUGUGUUCAAAUUAUAAUGAAACUUGGGGUUCUGAUUGUGAAAUUUAUAGAAUGCGAUGCAAUUGUGAAGAAGACUCAAGCAAAUGCCAAAACCCAGAAUUUAAACACUUGCAUGUAGAAUAUUAUGGUGCUUGUAAACAAUUGCCAGUAAGUUAUAAAAACAUUAUUUGUCUGAAACAAAGAUACAUGGAUCAUAAUAUUGAAUUAUUAAUUUUUUCACUAAAAAUAUAUAGAAAUGUUCAGAUUCUGAAAUGUCAGAUUUUCCGAGGAGAAUGAGGGAAUGGCUAUAUAACAUAAUGCAAGACUUGGCUGACAGAGAAGAAUUAGGCCCUCAUUUUACAAAAAUGGUGAAAGAAGCAGAAACUAACUUAACAAAACGUUGGAGCAAUGCAGCAGUUUGGAAAUGGUGUGAUUUAGAUGGUCACCCACAUGAUAGGUUAGACACGAACAGAUUAAAAAAAUUGGUUUUAAUAAUGAAAAGUAACAAUCCAUUUACUUAUGGUAAUUUCAAAUUUAUAACAUAAAUUGGCUGGUAGAACCAAUAAUACAUUCUUAGAAUAUAAUGUUUAUGUAAUGUAAAAUUCAAUGAGUUAAUCGUUAAUUUAAAUAAUUUUAAAAUGUUGCAUAUCUACUUUAAUUUAUUUAGAAAUAUUUGUCAAACUUUCAUACCUACUAGUAUACCAUUAUAGGCAUACUAUUAUUACUUUUAAUAAUAACACAGUACCUACUUAGUUUUAAAUAUUCUAUUUGAUCCAACUCAUUAUAUAUUUAUAACAAUUGAAUCAUUUCAUUGCAACUUUUUGUAUAAAUUAUAAAAUGCCAAUACUUUAAAAAAUAUGUUAGUUAAUCUAGUAACUUAAUCAAGCUGAUCACAAAAUUUUGCCCAAAUGUUAUACUAUUACAUUAUUAUUUAUAGUAUAUUAUCAGAUUAUUAUUUUUCAAGCAUGUUUGUCUCAGAAUAUCUAAAUAUUCAAUAUUUUAAUGGUUUUAACAAAAUGUAGAAAUUACUUAGGAAUUAAAUUGCUUGGAAUAUAACAAUAUUUAUGUUAGAGUAGGUAGGUGUACUUAUAGUAUAAUUGGUUAUUAGUAUAUUAUUAUAGUUAUUAUAUUAUAACAUAACACUUAAAAUAUUAUAUUUCAGAGCUGUAUCAAGACAUGAACUAUUUCCAAUUAGAGCACCACUGCAAUAUUUGGAACAUUGUAUUGCUCCAUUUUUAAAUAAAUGUGAUACUAAUAACGAUCAUAUGGUCACUCUUGUUGAGUGGGGUGAUUGUUUAGAAAUACCAAAGGUAUGAAUAUUAAAUUAUUCUCAUUUUGAACAUAGGUUAAUUAAUGUGAUACAAUCAUUUAUAAUAAUAAUAACUUGUUUCAGGAUACAUUGGAGGAAGAUUGUGAUUAUUUGCGAAACGAACUAAAUUAA